AUGGCAAGCAGCACAGAGAUGGCACACUCUGGAAUUACAAUGAGCUUGACAAGUGAAUAUGACUAUGACUAUCCAAUAAAUUCCACGGACGAGAAUCCAAUCUACACCCUUCCCGAUGCUGAACUGCUGCCCAUGUCUAACAUCUACAUUCCUGUGCUGUACAUCAUUAUGUUCCUCACCGGCUCUUUGGGAAACCUGUUUGUGAUUGUGGUCAUUGGAAAGCGGCGCAAGAAAAGUGGACGCCUGGUGGACACCUUCGUGCUGAACCUGGCACUAGCCGACCUCGUGUUUGUUCUCACGCUGCCAAUGUGGGCAAUUUCGACCCGUUAUGACGAGUGGCCCUUUGGUGAGGUGUUAUGCAAGAUUAGCAGCUUUAUCAUUGCGGUUAACCGCUUUUCCAACAUCUUCUUCCUCACCUGCAUGAGCGUGGACCGCUACCUGGCAGUGGUGCGCCUAAUGGACUCUCGGUUUCUCCGCAGCAGCAAUUGUGCACAAAUAACCUGUGGCAUCGUGUGGGUGGUUUCCUUCUUUCUAGGAUCUCCAUCUCUGGCGUACCGUCACUUGAUCAACAAUUCGGUGUGCUCUGAAGAUUCCAAAUCCUCUUUUGUUCAAGGAAUGAAUCUUCUGACUAUAUUGCUAACCUUCUUGCUCCCGGUACUCAUUCUAGGCCUCUGUUAUGGGUCGAUUUUGGUCAACCUGCGACGUCACUGUCACAAUCCUGCCAACACACGCACUGAUGCCAGACGAAGGCAUUCGGUUAAGAUUGUGUUUGCUAUCAUUUCAGCCUUUCUGAUCUCCUGGCUUCCAUUCAACUGCUUCAAGGCCAUCCAUGUUGCGUUACUGAUCAUCAAUGGAGAUCUUAAUGAGGACACCUAUGUUGUCAUACAUAGAGGACUCAUGCUCUCCUGCUGUUUGGCAUUUCUUAACAGCUGCGUCAAUCCGGCUAUCUACUUCUUUCUCGAUCAACAUUUCAGACGCAGAGCUUCCAUGUUGUGUCUGAGCUGUCUUAGUCAAAAUGACCAAGCACACCAGAGUUACAUCACCUCGAAUUCUUACUCCAACGGCACAUCUGAGACCUGCUCUGGAAAUACAUCAACCCGCGGGCGGCUUUUCUCACUUACUCAAAAGGCAUGA